UAGUGCGCCAUCUGCUGGACGCGCUAUGAUCAACGUGGAAUAAUUACAUGCAUUUCUUUUAGGCUGGGAUGUCUGUAGUUGUUGAUGUGUAUUUAAAGGAUCUAUGUUAUUGUCCAAACAGACAAACAACAGAAUGACAAUAUUUCGAUUCCUUUUUCAUGUUCAUUUUCUUUUGUUGUCAGCGGCUGGGUUACAGCCUAUCAUUACACCUCAUGAGUUCUUCAUUGGUGGGACUAUCAACGCUACCUGUGACUAUCAGACCCUAAACAUCAACCCAGCAGCUCAAGUGAUAGAGACACUGAUUCUGCUCAGGAAAACAUGGAGCGACUCCAACUUUACGAAGAUUGCAGUUUAUAAUCCAUUUUUAAAGAAAAAUAUCACCACGUCCAUACCGCCAGGAAGAGAUUGGAACAUAACUUUCAGCGGGGGUGAAAACAACGACAACAACAUUCAAACUAUCAGAAUCAAUCUUUUCAUCAAUGACGCUGUCUGCUCUGAUGUCGGACUUUACAAGUGUGUGGCCCACACCGACGUGGAUGAACUCCCAACAGAGAGCCCAGUUCAAAACUUAACAGCUGAUGGUCAUGUAUCCCAGGAACCAUUAGUCAUGGUCCCGGACAACAAAAACGGACCCAACUAUUCAGAGAACGAAGUUGGAGACAAUAUCACUCUCACCUGCACAGCUUAUGGUCCAGAUGAUCUCAUUCUAACAUGGAAGUAUACCACAAAAGAAUCCAAGGUUGAAAAAAAUUCCAACCUAAUGGACAUCACCAGGGCUGAGCCCGUCGUUAAAUCCACCAACGGACCGUGUGUUCUGUGGAAACUGGAGACGACUCUGAGCUUCCCCUUCCUGGAAACAGACGAUGGGGACACCUUUAUUUGUAUCGUGUAUGACCACACUACAGAGUUCAUGAGAGAAAACUUCACAAUUGGGGUGUUGGCUCCCACAGAGGCGCCCUCAACAGGAUCGUCCAAAUUGAAUGUCGGAGGCAUUAUUGGAGGCGUCAUCGCUGGUGUUAUCGUCGCUUACAUCCUUAUAAUGGUGCUCUAUUGUAUUUAUUGUAAAAAGUGUCUACAAAAGAAUCCUGAUAGCGAAAAUCCAGAUGGAAUUACUCAAGAUGCCGGUCGUCACACAACAAAACUCAAACGAGUCAAAUCUGCUUUCUCGUCCAUUGCCUCAUCGGAAUGGUUCAAAUCUUCAAAGAAGGAAAAACAAGACGCCAAAGUGACCAAACCAGAGAACGACUAUGAUUACGUCACGACAGGUCGAGGUAAAGCAACAGCUAGACCGGCUUCAGAUGCAGAUACACCCAAGAAAGUUCCCAUUAAUCCUCGUGAAAGAGAGACAUCACAGCCAUCCCAUGAUACCACCAAGACGAGAUCAAAUCUGUAUGUGUCACAAGGAGGCCAGGGAAGUGUCAAUAUAGGCUUCAAUAGCCACGACAAACAAAAUGAGACUUCAACUGAUGAUAACCUCAAUGACAAAGUCAUAUUCAGUGGCGUUGACCAAGACAGCGAUGCUUCCUCCCCCCGAGUGUACAAUAGAGAGGACCGCGCUCAGAGGCGAAGAAGUCGAAAUAAUGAGGCGGCACUGACCACCCCUAACCCAGAUGGAGUUUCUCUUUAACUUGAUGGAGACAGCGGGUUCCAGAGGCCAUGUUCUAUUUCGGUGUCGCCUUUUGUAGCAUUGCAGUGUACAGAGCUCAUUAAAUGUCCAUUGUUUAAACACGAAGCAUGUAAUCAAGAAACUAAUUGUUACAUUGAAUAAUCCUCCCUCGGGAUUGUGUGAUCCAUUUGCACACUUAACCAUUGUUCUCAUUUGUAAAUAUGUAAAUGCUUUUCUUAACUAACACAUCCAGGCAUUUUUAUCCUUCCAUACAGCAGAAGAUACAGAGUCACGUGUCUAAUUAUCCUCCUUUCUCCCCCCCCCCCCCCCCACCUUUUAUUUUACUUCUUAAUUAUUAGUUUCAUGAAUUUUAGUUUAGUUCUAAUCAGUGAAUGGAAUGUUUAGAUCAUAAACUGCCAGUGGCCAGAUUUUAGGGGGCUUUUAUAGAGCCGUUUCAUUUGAUCUCACAAUGAAGCCAAUUGAUUAAGGGGACACAGUUCAUCUCAUAUUAAAUACAAACUGAUCUUUGCAUAGUUCGCUUGUUGAAUGUGAAGAGAUUUUCCUUAAAUUUUAAAUGUUUUUGUUUUCAUUUUCUAUUAUGUCUCAUUUCUUUAAAAUGUUAAAAUGGAUUUAUCACUUAUUAUCACAGCGCUAUAUUUCCUUUUUCUAAACAAAAUAUAAUACAGCUUUUAUAAUUGUAUUACCAAUGUGUUGGGUGUAAUAAAUGUGCCAUAGCUUGCAAUACAUAAUGAUUGUCAACACUGAAAUGUCAAAUACAUUACAUGUCUGUUUAUAUUUUGUUUUUAAGGAACUUGUUUGUUUGUUUGUUUGUUUAUUUGUUUGUUUUUGGUUCGAUAAAAGCAAGAUA